AUGAAGCUGAUUCUUCUGAUCGCUGUUUCCGCCGCCACCGUCUUCGCUGCCUAUGACGAUCUCCCAAAGCCAGCCGACCCAUAUGAGCCACCAGGUUACGAGCCAGAGCCAGAGAAGCCAUGCGAAGACAAGUACGUCAAGAUCAUCAACGCUCUCCGUGCCGAACUCGGAAAAGACGUCUCUAGCAUCAAGUUCACCAACACAUUGGGAUCCCGUGUCCAGAAGGCUUUCGGAUCUGCUCAUGAAAUCAUGAUGGCUCCAAGUGCUCCAACUCUUAAAACCAACUUCAACGGAACCAUCUGCCGACAAGCCGCUGAUGAUGGAAACCACUACGUUCUCUACCCAACUCCAGGAAACUACGAUCUCAACAACGCCGCCCAAGAGGAAUACUUCGAGAAGUUUGCUGAGUUCGCCGCUCUCGGAAAGGCCGCCAACAUUGCCGAUCUUCCAAAGGACCCACGCUCCGCUUAA